GCUAGUAAUUUACAACGUUGAUUGGAAUAAAUAUAUGUAAAGUUAACCUAAAAUACUGUUUACCAAGUUAAUUGUUUUGAAAGUUUAAUAGUCAAGUGAGUUGAUUACACUUACAGAAUUGACGUUAUAUUUGGGCAUGAAAACUAUCUGAAGAUGGGAGCAAACAGUAGUUCUAUGAGUGAUCUCCAUAGUAAUGAGUACUUGAACCGGUUUGUUGGAAAGGUGGCUGUUUCUCCUAAUGACCCAUUCUGGAAUCAACUUCUGUCAUUCACCUUUACUCCUCCUCGUACCUGUGCUGAUUGUCGUUUGCUAGAAGAGAGUGUCCAGUCUUUGUUACAGACCUUUUUGACAAAUAACCUCUACACUGGAAACUACAGAUCUCUGGUUCAUGUUUUCAUUACUAGAGCAACUGAGUUGAAGGCAUCAGCUCAGUGUGAGAACAAUAUCUUUACAUGGCAGACCUUCAAUGCCAUGUUUAUACUUCGCUCUGUGACCAAGUACUUCAUCCAAACAGUUACAGAAGAUAAUCUUGUGAAACAGUUCCAGAGUAAUCCACAAGAUGACAGUGGUGAAAAGCAACAAGUAGAUAAUGCCAGCCAUGCUCUUGAGAAGCUUCUAAACGUCCUUGUAGAAAUCAUAGUUGAUGUUCCUAUCCUAUCAUCAGGAUGGUCACUUUUCGGUAAUGGCUUUGUAAGUUCGACUGAAACAAAGUUUACUAAAGGCAGUGAUUCACGGAUCGUCAUUUUCUUUCCAAGAGGACCAGAAAAAGCAGACGGUCUUAGAGCUCCUCCGACAAGAUGCAUGCUUGAUUUGUCAGUUUUAGAGGAGGUUCUGCGGAUGGUUUUAGAAAUCCUUAAUUCCUGUUUAACACACCAGUUAGGACACAACCCCAAUCUCAUAUAUACACUUCUUUAUAAACGUCAUGUCUUUGAAGCUUUUCGCACUCAUCCAACUUUUCAGGAUAUAAUACAGAACCUGGAAACGGUCCUGACCUAUUUCUCAGCUAGACUUGAUGCAGUAGAUGCAAACUUGACUGUCUCUGAAGUUUAUGAGGUUAUUCAAGAGGCUUCUUUACAGUGGCCUAGAGAUAAGCUAAAGAAAUUCCCGGAGCUGAAGUUUAAGUAUGUAGAAGAAGAACAGCCUGAAGAGUUCUUCAUCCCAUAUGUUUGGUCUUUAGUGUACCAUUAUUCUGACUUGUAUUGGAAUACGCACAAUAUAAUAUUGUUCAACCCACACAAGGGUACUUGAAAGAAGAUUUGUACACAUGUCCUUCAGAAUGUAGGUUUGGUUCAGAUUGUUGGCCAUGUUGUAUGUUGUACAGAAGUCUAAAGAUUUAAAGAUAACACACAAAUUUGCCUCAGCAUUUGUGCAUAUGCGUUUGUAUGUGUGAAUAACUAGAAAUGCUUAUCACCAAAGUGUUUGUGUGAAAAAAUUGUAUACCUUGUAAUUCUAAAUUCUUUCUGAUUUCAGCUUUAACAUACAAUGUGUGUAUCAAAACUAGGCUGGUUACUAUUGCCGUAAAGACAUAUAUAUGAAAAUUUGUUAUAGUUCUAGAAUAGGAAAGUGUAAUAAAUCAGAAUUUAAUAUACAGAUUUUUUAUAACAUUUUAUAGAAGGAAUAGUGAGAGAUAAAACAGGAUUAACCCUUAAAUGACCAAAAAUUGACAUGUUACGGAUAAUAUUAACUGCAGGAAUAAUGCAAGGGUUACACUAAACUGUAAUUAUCAAGAAUAGAUAUUUAGUGAAAAGAAUUAGAUAAACUGUAACAAAUAAGGAUAUUUUAGGAACAUUAUUAAUGAGAAGUGUUGGGUUUAACCAAACAAGGAUGACACAAGCUGAAAGAAUUGUGAAGAUGUUAAGAUAAUUGAGACAAGCUAGUGAAAAGAAUUAGAUAAACUGUAACAAAUAAGAAUAUUUUAGGAACAUUAUUAAUGAAAAGUGUUGGGUUUAACCAGAUAAGGAUGACAGAAGCUGAAAGAAUUGUGAAGAUGUUGAGAUAACUGAGAUAAGCUAGUAAUUGAAGGGGUUGCUAGUGUAAAAUAGGAGAUUAAAAGAUACGACUACUAGCAGUUACCUUAAAGCAAUAGACUGCAGUAAUUAUAGAAGGACACACUUCUUUUUCCUUUCCAUCAGGAAGAAAGUUGUUGUUGUACAGAAUACAUAAGCAAUGUGUGACCACUACAUCAUGUAUUUCUGUCAGUUUCACAGUUAGUCUUUUAAUUAACUUUCUUAUUACACCACUGUUGUAGAGUUCUGAAUUUUGCUGUGGUUUAUAUGGAAACAAAUCCUAAUUAUAAAUGAUUAUAUUUUGUUUUGUGAUCUGUUCUUUCAAGUGGUGUUGUAAAAAAAUAAAUGUGUGUGUGUGUGUAUUUGAUUACGCUAAUAUAUAUAAAGAUUGCAUUUAUAAUUUUUUGUUACAGAUAAAAAUAUGCUAAAAAGUAAGUGGAAAUGGUUUGUAAAAACUAUAAUUAGUGAAUCAACAUAUAAUUUUAAAAAGUGCUAUUUUUUUGUAUAACUCUGACAUUCUUGAAAUAAUCUUCCUGAAUAAGCAUAAAAAAAUUUUAAAUGUAUCAUUGACCCAAACAGUUUCCUUAUUUUACUAAUUGAUAUGAAUGAUCCAGAUAUGGUUUUACAUGACUGCUGUUGUAAUUGAUGUUUUUUUAAUUAUAAAUUGCUGGUUAUGAAAGAAACAAGGAUAAUAGGAGUAAUAUGGAAUGAAACAUUUUUUUUAAACAAACAAAAUUGCUUAGAAAUCAAUGUGCAAGUUAUUUGUUCUUUAAAGUUUAUGUUUUGUAGUUGUGUAUGAUAUAUGUAGAAAGGUAAUAGACUGAAAUUAUACUGUGUUUCAACUUGCAGUUCUUGUAAAGCAUCAGACCUUGUAAGGUUACACCACAUUACCCCAACCAUAAUUAUUCUUGUAUCUAUGUUUUUAAAAUCCUUCCCAAAGCUGACAGCACAUCUAAUAUGGAGUAUUCUUACAGAUUGUAAAAUGAAAUUGAACCACUACAGAGUGAAGACACUUUCCUUUCAUUUUCUGACCUCUUUACGGAAACAUUAAAAACAUAGUUUACAGCAGUUCUGAUUGUUUUCAGAGUUUUAAAAAUUUUCUUAAAACUUUAAAGACUUCUUAUUUGAAUUGCAGCACCUGAUCAGCAAUUCAUGAAGUUUUAAUCGUUUACUUUAAUUACAAAUACUUCUAUCUCUGUAUUAAUAGUCAUUACUUGGUAAUGUGCAAUAUUCUUGAAUAAAAUUAGAAUAUUUAACUCGCUAAGUUGUAAACUGUUGUACUUCAUGAAUUAAGAUGUCUGUAACAUGAAAUUCAGAAUAAAAUUUUUAUCAUUAUUCUACAGUUUA